GCGUAAACGAGACGAGAGAGGAACGAAAAAAAGCUGGACUAGUACAGCAUUUCGACGAUUAGCACCUCUUUCAAGCAAUCUCUCAAUAUCUCAGACGCCAUAAAAUUCGAUCGUUUCAGUUCUGGUCACUGCUUGCAGAUUCUGAAUUGUUCAUCAGCACUGAGACAUGAGUUUCCUCUUCGGCAAGAGAAAAACUCCCGCAGAACUUUUGCGGGAAAAUAAGAGGAUGCUGGAUAAAUCUAUUAGAGAGAUAGAAAGGGAGAGGCAAAGUCUACAGACUCAAGAAAAGAAACUAAUUGCAGAGAUAAAGAAAAGUGCUAAGCAAGGACAGAUGGGAGCUGUGAAAAUAAUGGCAAAAGACCUUAUUAGGACAAGACAUCAGAUUGAAAAGUUCUAUAAGCUGAAGUCACAGCUUCAGGGUGUUUCUCUUAGAAUUCAGACCUUGAAAUCAACACAAGCAAUGGGGGAGGCGAUGAAAGGUGUGACAAAGGCAAUGGGCCAGAUGAAUAGGCAAAUGAACUUGCCAUCACUGCAGAAAAUUAUGCAAGAGUUUGAGAGGCAGAAUGAGAGGAUGGAAAUGGUGACUGAGGUCAUGGGAGAUGCAAUUGAUGAUGCUUUGGAAGGGGACGAGGAAGAGGAAGAAACAGAAGAACUGGUGAAUCAGGUCCUUGAUGAAAUUGGAAUCGACAUCAAUCAAGAGCUUGUGAAUGCACCAUCAUCUGCUGUAGCUGCACCAGCUGCAAAGGGCAAGGUUGCACAAGUGGAAACAACUGGGAAUGAUGACAGUGGGAUAGAUAGUGAAUUACAGGCAAGGUUAGAUAAUUUAAGAAGGAUGUAAUCUAUAUCUUGUUACACUUGUAAAAUAUUUAUGAAACAAUAGUUUUGUCUGCGGAAUGCCAGUGAUAAUUGUUCCAGGAUUUUUAACUCCUGAUUUGGAAGUUCUACAAAAUAAUUUUUUUUAAUGGCUAUAAAAUGUAUUUUUGGACG